AUGUAUAUCGCUGACAUGUUGUCGCGCUCCUACCGCCCCUGUGAGGACAGCACUCAGGUCGAAUUUGAACAAAUAAACAUGGUGAAGUUUCUUCCCAUCAGGUCUGAGAGGCUUGAAGAGCUUCGAGUUGAAACGGCAAAUGACAGUGUUUUACAACGUUUAAACCGAGUUGUGCUUAAGGGGUGGCCGGAGCGCAAGGAAAACUUGCCGCAUGCUGUUGUGCCUUACUUUCAUCUUCGAGAUGAAAUAUCUUCGCAGAAUGGACUUCUGUUCCGGGGUGAGCGUGUUAUUGUGCCCACCAAACUCCGCAGCAUGAUGACAAAACUAGUUCACACGUCUCACCUUGGAGUUGAAUUAUGUUUGCGUCGUGCCAGAGAAGCACUGUACUGGCCAAGGAUGUCCAGUGAACUGAAAGAAUACAUUCAGUCUUGUGAGAUAUGUCGUGAAUUUGAGAGCUGUCAGCAAAAAGAGACACUUCAGAGUCACGAGUUGCCAUCACGACCUUGGGAAAGGGUUGGAUGUGAUUUGUUCGAAUGGGACAACAAAGACUAUCCAAUAACUGUAGACUAUUUUAGCAAUUUCUGGGAAAUUUAUAGACUUCGUUCUACUUCUAGUGCAGCAGUUAUCCGAAAGCUCAAAGCGCAUUUCGCACGCUAUGGUUGUCCGGAAGAAGUUGUGAGUGACAACGGUGGACAAUUUGUCUCUGCAGAAUUUGCUAGUUUUGCUCUAAAAUGGGAUUUUGAUCAUGUCAAGAUUAGCCCGCGUCACAGUCAGUCCAAUGGUAAGGUGGAAUCCGCUGUAAAAGCCGCCAAGAGGACAUUGUGCAAGGCUAAAAAGUCUGGCACUGACCAGUAUCUCGCUGUGUUGGAGACGCGUAACACUCCUACACAAGGUUUAGAUUGCAGUCCCGCUCAGAGAAUGUUCAAUCGUAGAACACGUACAUAG